AUGCGCCUCUUCCUGAUCCCCAUCUCGACGCGGCGAGCAUUGAUCUAUGCCCGACCACUACGACGCGACGCCUCAAAGGAGCUUUCACUACUCGAUCGAACCACAAGCAAAGCAGCUGAGACAUGGGCGAAAUGGGAGGACGCCGAGUCCGGCUGGAAGAAACACCUGGUCACCUGGGGCAAUAAGGUUCAACAGCGCAUCCCCUUCGAAGAAUGGGGCCUGAAGAGCAUCCCGUCACUCAAAGCACAACAGCGCAUAGAUGAGAAUUACGGCAGCAAGCAGAUCGAUGUGCUUUAUCCUGGAAACUCGGUGCGCUUGGAGAAGAUCCCCACCAUUCUGCGCAAGAUCGCGACAGAGCGGCAGGAGUUUCAUAGGAAGAAAAUGUUGUGGAGCUUUGGCAUUGCUCCCUUAACAGCGCCGUUUGCGCUGGUCCCAGUGAUCCCGAAUAUUCCGUUCUUCUACAUGGCAUACCGAGGCUGGUCCCAUUGGCGCGCGCUGAAUGGCUCGCGACACCUGGAAUACCUUGUGGAGAAGAACCUACUGAAUCCUGUUUCCCUACCCGAGCUAGAACAGCUAUACGCCAAGCGUGCAUCGCGCGUACUAGAUGGUACCCCGGUCGAUAAACCAUCAUCUGAAUUGGUCGAGGAUAUUGAGCAAAGUGACGACCGUGUGCUACUAAAGAUGUCCGAUGCUAAGAAAUUGGCCUCGAUCUUGGAUGCUCCGGAGCUGGCUCUGGAGGCUGAGCGGGCCAUUAUCCAGGUGACUGAGCAGCUAGAGGCCCAGAAACGGAAAGAAAAAGAGGCUCAAUCUGAUGAGAAGAAGAAAUCAUGA